AUGUCAAAAGCAUUGGUGUGCAUAAAACGAGUUGUUGAUUAUGCAGUUAAAGUUAGAGUUAUGGCUAGUAAGGCUGGUGUUGAUAUCGCUAAUGUCAAACACAGUGUUAAUCCUUUCUGUGAAAUCGCUGUGGAGGAAGCCCUACGGAUGAAGGAGGCCGGUCGCCUAUCUGAAGUUGUCGCUGUCUGUGCUGGUCCCGACAAGGUUACUGAGCAGCUUCGUCAAGUGUUGGCCAUGGGAUGUGACCGGGCGAUCCAUCUCCAGACUCAUCUGCGGACUGACCAGGAGCUUCCACCUUUGAUGGUUGCUAAGUUGAUAAAGAAGAUUGUUGAGAGGGAGGAUCCGUUAUUGGUAUUAAUGGGUAAACAGGCCAUAGAUGGUGAUAUGGGACAGACUAGUCAGCUAUUGGCUGGCAUGCUAGGUUGGCCACAAGCUACAUGUGCUAGCAAAAUUGUCGUAUCUGAUGACAACACAGAAUUGACAGUUGAUCGGGAGGUUGAUACUGGAAUUCAAACGGUGCAUUUACCUCUGCCUGCGGUCAUGUCGGCUGACCUCAGACUCAACACUCCAAGAUACGCUACUUUGCCGAAUUUGAUGAAGGCCAAGAAGAAGCCCAUCGAAGUGAUACCUGUGGAGACCUUGGGUGUGGAUCUCCUGUCCACCCUACAGGUCACGUCAGUGGAAGAGCCACCGGCACGCAAGGCUGGUGUGAUACUCAACAAUGUCGAUGAACUUGUCGACAAGCUGAAGAACGAGGCCAAGGUUGUUUAA